AUGAAACAAACGCUAUUAGAGAAACUAUUACAAGACGGCAAACAUGAUUACAAAGGGGAGUACAACAUGCUGGACGACCUCUUUUAUAUGGAAGUAAAGGAGGGCGAAAUGGAGAGGGACAAUGAGUAUGACCAUGAAUACAACCAUGAGUAUGAGGAUGAGAACGUGAAUGAGAAUAAGAACAAGAAUAAGAAUGAGAACGAGGGGAAGCAGUGUAACGCAGAUCAUCAUCAACGUCUACUCGACAAAUUCCAGCAUAUUCAGAACCAGAUAGCACCUCAAUGCAGCCAAAAGAAAAGAAUAAGACGUACUCUCAAAGACCCUAAGCAUCCAAAACCAGCAAUACCACGUCCACGCAACGCCUGGAUAAUCUAUCGCUCACACAAAAGCAAAGAGUUGAGAGAAGCAGCUGUAUCGCAACCCACCAACAGACCAGAUUCGCGUGCAAUCUCAGCAACUGUGUCCGACCUGUGGCAGAAAGAGGCCGAGGAAGUCAAAGAGAAGUUCACUGAGCUAGCAAAAGAUGAGAAGAGGAUGCACAGGACACUGUGGCCCGACUACAAAUACCAGCCACGUAAAGCCGGUCGACCGCGCCAACUCCGCCAUCCUCUGAAACGUCACAAACUGGCCAAACCCCAAAAAGAUGCCAUUAAUUCGGCAGCUCCACCACCUCCACCACGCAAGAAGAGGAGCGAGAGUAGAUGCCGUGGCAGACCUCGCAAUGAAGCUAUGCAUUCGCGUGCACAGAGUGACGUUUUGACCGUAAAGAAACCGUUAUACAAUCCCAACGUCGUCUACAAUCCCCCUGUUACACCAAUACCGCCAACGAUGCUAACGCACUUGCUCACUACCACGCCAAUUGCUAAUGAUACACUGCCAAUACUCGAUUCUUUGCCCUCUAGCCCCCUGCCAUACCAACCAGGUUUCUGGGAAAGCCCACUCGGCAGCCCUCCAAGCAUCUAUCCUAGCAGCCAGUCUGAGUACCUCAACAGUCCACGAGAUUUGAACAUAGCUAUAUCCGCGCUUGAAUAUUCACCAACCGACGUUAACGUUAACGACGCCUCAGAUCUAUUUGCAGACAUAGAAGCAUUAUUUAACAAACAGCAAACGAAUCAUGAUCAAGCAAGCUGCUUCUUCAACGUAUCCCAGAUUAUUUGA